AUGGGUAACGAUGCACAUUUUAUCGACGUUGAUGAUUUACCGUUUCGUUUGAUUGAUAUUCCAAUUGGCACAGCACCACCACCACCAACUCCACCUAUUCGAAGAUCACAUAAACGUCGUGCUCCACCAGUUCCUCCACCACGUAUUGAUGGAUAUGAUGCACCUCCUUCUCUUUCUCCUCCACCAAUAAUUCCUAAACGAUCCGAUAUUCCAUCAUCACCAGCACCACCACCGAUUCCUCCACGAUUUGAUCUUGGUCGAGAAGAUCCUUUUAUAUAUUAUAUUCCGAAGAAAACUCAUUAUCAUAGUAAAAAGUUUCGCAAAUCAAAACUCGCAUGUUGUGUUGUUUCCUAA